AUGGAGGCUAUGGAGGCUGCACCGUUGGGACCUGCUCCCAUCCCGAAGCAGUUUGUGCUCUGUUUUGAUGGCACGGGGAAUAAGUUUGCUGGUGAUGAGUCGGACAGUAAUGUCCUUAAGAUUUUUCGGAUGCUGGACCGAAGCAAAAGUCACCAAUUUCACUACUACCAACCAGGUAUUGGAACCUAUGUGACCUCCAAGUCUUUCUCCCACACUGGACGAUUCCAGCGCAUCAAGUCUGCCUAUCUGAAAGCCAAGGAUUCCGCUGUCGGAUCCUCGUUUGCAGAACAUGUCAUGGGCGGAUACAAGUUCCUCAUGCGUUACUACUCACCUGGCGACGAGAUCUACUUUAUCGGGUUCAGUCGAGGUUCUUACGUUGCCCGUUUUCUCUCUGAAAUGCUGGACUGCGUCGGCCUGCUCGAGGCCGGAAACGAAGAGCUGACGCGUUUCGCCUGGAAAACCUUUGCCAAGUGGCAGCAGCGGCGAAGCGAUACCGAGGAGGAACGUUUGGAGAAGGAGAAGCUGUUCAUGUUCAUGAAGGCCUUUCGCGAAACUUUCUCUCGGCCCGUGACCCGCAUCAGGUUCAUGGGUCUGUUCGACACCGUCAACAGUGUGCCAAGUUUCGAGUCCGCCUGGAUGCAACGGAGUAAAUUCCCCUACACCGCGCGCAGUUCUGCCAGGGUCAUCCGACACGCCGUCGGAAUCGAUGAGCGUCGCGCCAAGUUCCGGCAGGAUUUGAUCUCUGGUGCGAAGCCCCAGGUCAAGAAAUCGAAGUCUAGACACGCCUGGCAAAACUUGCAGCAUCAUUUGCACCUUGAAAAGAGUCACGAGGACGUGCCGGCCAUUGUCGUGAAUGAUGGCACCAACGGGACAAGCCAGGCAGCACCUAACCCAUCGAUGCGUCGUCCAUCGCACAUCUCGCAAACGGCGAGUAGCUCGAAAAAUAACGCAGACCAUCGGUACCGUGCGCCCGCCACGCAUCUCAGGCCCAAACCCAUCCCAACGGCAGCGUCCGCAGAGGAUCUCGUGUCGAUCAAGAGUGGGCAGUCGGGCCUGUCUUUGCAAGUGCCCAGCGGCAUGGAAGAAGAUGAUGAUGACCAGGAUAUUCAAGAAGUGUGGUUCCCGGGUUGUCACGCCGACAUUGGCGGCGGUUGGAAACUGGAAGAUGGUGAGAAGUGGCCUCUGAGUCACCCACCACUGGUCUGGAUGGUGCAAGAGGCCUGGCGCGCAGGGCUCCAGCUCGAUCCCCGCAAGGUUAAACAAUUCGAAUGCAUGGAGGAGUUUGACGGGGAGUUCUCGCCCAUUCGCGAUAACGGUAUCUGGAACGAGGACACCAACGAUAACGCAGGAGUCAAAUUGGCCGGAUCAUGCGGCAAUGAGAAGGAACGCUCGCCCUCGAGUCGGGAUUUCCACGCCGCCCUGCACCUGGGCAGCACCAAGGGUUGGAUACAUGACUGUCUGUCGUUUGGCAAUGGGUUACCCGGUGCCUCUGUUGUAACCUGGCGAUUGAUGGAAUAUCUCCCCUUCCGACGAAUGGACCUGCAACCAGACGGAUCUUGGAAGCCCAUCAGAUGGCCCCUCCCCUGUGGUGAAGUGCGAGAUAUCCCCUUGGAUGCGCAGGUUCAUAUUUCUGUCCUUCAUCGUAUGGAGGCCAACCCCGACUACCGGCCUGGCAACCUGAUUGUCGGAGGAGGAGGUCGUGGUGUUAGAAAAGCACCGCCAGAAUAUGGAAUGGGAGAAUGGGUUGUCAAGGAUCACGAAGGCGAUCCAGUCCGGCAAGUGUAUGUUCGGAAGAGCGUGUCGAAGUGCCAGGAGAACCAGCAAUGA